AUGUUUUCCUGCCUGUGUAGUGAUGCAGAUGCAGAUGAGUUCGAGACGCAGAUGGACGGUCCAGCUCCCCCUUCAGCUGCAGGACCUGUGGACGUUCCGCACAGCUUCACAGCUACAGUCGACGAGGUGAACAAGAACGUGUACACAGUUUCCUUUGACAAGCCUGCCGGCUUGACAGGCAUCCGAUUCAAUCACGUGGACAGCUUGCUGGUUGUCGAAGACGUUGGUUCUGACACAGUCUCGCAGUGGAACACGGCGCAAGCCUCUGCAGACACUGUAAUACAGCCGAUGGAUCGCGUUGUGAGCAUCAAUGAUGAGACAGGUUCCGCUGAGGAGCUUCUGGAUAAAUUUCACCAAGCGGGGAGGAUAAGCAUAACCCUGGAGCACCCGACGUACCUAACUAUCGCAUUGAAGAAGAAGAAGGGCGAAAAGCUGUUGGGCGUUGAAGUUGUACCUCAAGAAGGUGGUCUUGGAGUCGUCAUCCUGAACCUCCAGGAGGAGGGUCUGUUCCCGAGCUACAAUGCCACUGCAGAGAAAGAACUGCAGAUCAAGGCCUACUCCAGCAUCUAUGCCAUCAACGGAAAGGUUUGGCCCAGUCUCACUCUUCUUCGCAUGCUGCGGAAGCUUGAAGAGAUUCAGAUCAGCUUGAGGAUUGGUGAUGCGGACAGCGGGAAGACCAGUCAGACGAUGAAAAUUCCCAAUCCUCUGAACGAGGACGAGAUGGUGACUGCUCUCGUCGAGUUGGAAGACACGUAUGCCCCAAUCAGAUAUGGACAGAAGCAAGAUAUCAAUGAGCUCCUAGAGGUGAAACCACCUCCGGCGGAGCCUGUGACGCCGCAGUACUUUGGUCCGUUUGCCGAGUACGAGGCGCUCACAGAGCUGAAGCUGGUUUCUCGGACGGUCUGCAUACGGUUGAAGCGCCUUUGUUUCCAAUGCCACCUCAGGAUGGGUUUCCUGCUGAUCUUUGAUGCCACCGUGGAGGACUUCUUGAAGAGCUGCCGCGUAGUGGUUAGUGAUGCAGAAUUUGAGGUGCUGGCCUCCAUGGCAAGAGGCGAAAAACUCGGCAAAAUGAAUGUGAAUGUGAUACCGGACCACUUGAUCGAACACGGUAGGCGAAGCAAGGAUUGGAAUGCCGUUUUUCAAAGCACAGACGCAAUGUCUCAAUGUCUUUACGACAUGAUGAGUGCGUGCACGAACAUGGAGAAGGGAUGCAAGGACGAUGCCAGCAACAAGCUUCCGAUUUUCACGUCCUAUCCGGCCAGGAAGGGCAAGUGCGGCGUUAUUUUCAUCGACCGAAUCGAGAUCCACGACUCGCAUUUUUAUGGCCACGGCUUGGGGCCUUUCUUGCUCAAUACUGGGCUGAAGUACAUCGACGGCGAGUUCGUGAAUGAGACAGGACCAGUGUACCUCAAACCGUUUCCGCUGCUGUGGGAAAAGAAAGAGGGCGAUGCGCCUCCGGCGCCGGACGAUCCAUUCAAAACCAAAAUGCUGUCAAAGGAAGUGGAUGGCUCAAAAGGGGGCGGUUUCGACGAGUACGAAUCUGGCUACAUGGAGUCGUUGAAGACCGCCAUGGAAAUGUUUACAAACAUUUGCUUGCAAUCGGCGUCCAGUCCUCGGAAGAAGAUCGUGGUUGGGGUCAAGUUAGGAGCGGGACAUCGCUUGAAGGUAAACGGAGCUCAGGGCGCACCCGAUGAUAUGGCUUCUGCUGAGCCUCUUGUGGCAGGCAGCCUCCGGACACCAGCCAUCUCAGGUGCCGAAACUGAGAAGAGCCAAUGGAACGAGGCAGCAUGCCAGGACGCAGCGGACCAAGAGGCGAUCGAGAACCAGGGCGUCUCUGUGAAAGUGGACGACAACCUAGUUUACUUCGCCUACGUGGGAUCUACAACGGGGGUGCGAUUCACCGGGAGCUGCACCAUCACCUUCAACACAUGGGUGAUGCUCGACCCGGCAUCGAGCCAAGCCUUCGAGCACACCCAGAGCUUGCGCGUCCACGAGUAUCUGCCGAGCUAUGUUAGAAUGUACAAGGCUGGCAAAGCGCAGGAUCUCAUGCCAGACCCUUUCGUCGAUGCGCCUUCUUUGGAAGGUCUGACCUCGAAAGAAGGACAAGUUCACGAUGCCAGAGCUCUGGCAGAGCUACAGCUCCGAGGCUCUCCUUCUGCAGCGGAGGAUGCCGUGCAGUUGCCUUGCCGGUUCGAGGAGGACCACGACUACAUCGGCGUUGAUGCAUUAACCGUCCCACACAGCAACAGAGAAGAUUGCUGCCGUGCAUGCCGUCAUCUAAACCGGCGGAAAGCUGGAAACUGUGUCGUGGCAGUGCUCAGUGGGCCUUUGGAUGAUCCUCCCCAUCAAUGCUGGAUCAAGACAAAACUCCUUUCUGCAAAAGUUGUGAAAGGCGUCGUGGCUUGCAACUUGGCUAACGAAUUGCACAAACAGAAGAAUCUUGAAAAAGCAAAGUGA